GUUUAGUAUACAAAAAAAUAAAAUUAGAAAAGGUUAAACUAUAAAUGAAUGGAGUUGAAUUCUUUUCUUCUUCUUUUUUUUUUUCCCAUGGAUUGAUUAUUGGGCCUUCGUAAUCCAACCCAAAAAAAGAAAAUGAAGGCCCAAAUCAAUUUCAAACACAGUAGAUGUUUGACUUUUGACAGUACCCAGAAUGAGAAACGAUCCAGUCUUUCUGAGAAACAGUGAAGGAAACAAAGGAAAUUGAAGCAACAAAGGCCAUCGGGGCAAAAAAUAAGAAAAAAGCAAUCAAGAAAGAAAGAAAGAAGAAAUUCUGCGAAAACCAAAGAAAUUCCAGAUAUAUCUGGUCGAUCAGAAGAAUUUAUCAUCCCUGGAAGUUGCGAAAAAUUUGUAGGAAACAGAAGUUGAACAAUACUGAAGAAUUCUGAGGGAAAGAUGCUGCCCACCACAUCGAAGGGGCGGACGAGCUCCAAUGCCCGACCCACUUCUGCUCUUCCUCAUUACCUCCGUAGAAUCGUCAAGUGGCAACAAAUGGACAUUGAAUAUACGUUCUGGCAGAUGCUUCAUCUUUGCACCUCUCCCAAAGUAGUAUAUCAGCACACAAAGUACCACAAGCAAACAAAGAAUCAAUGGGCGCGUGAUGAUCCUGCAUUUGUUGUUAUAUGCACUGUUCUUUUGGCGGUUUGUACUUCAGCUUACUGCGUGGCGUAUGAUCAUAGCCUGGGGCAUGCUGUUUAUGUUGUUAUAUCAGUUUUGCUUUUUCAUUUUCUGAUAACCGGUGCAGUUUUGGCAACUUGCUGCUGGUUCUUGACCAAUAACUAUCUUCGCGAAGAAGUUCCAAACAGUCAUGUGGUGGAGCAACGAGUAGAAUGGUUGUAUGCAUUUGAUGUACACUGCAACUCGUUCUUUCCGAUGUUCGUGCUGUUGUAUGUCAUUCAUUACUUCUUGUCCCCUGUCUUGAUUGCUCAUGGUUUCAUCCCUGUUUUGCUCUCAAAUCUGCUGUUUAUGGUGGCUGCUUCCUACUAUCAUUAUCUAAAUUUUUUGGGCUAUGAUGUGCUACCAUUCUUGGAGAAAACAACUUUCUUCCUAUAUCCGAUUGGCCUUGUACUUGUCCUCUCGCCCAUCUUCAUUCUGAGUGGCUUCAAUCCAUCAAGAUAUUUCAUGAAUCUGUACUUCAGUCAGUUGGAAUGAUUACAACUAACCGUUAAGAUGGUGUCAAAGAUGCAAAAAGAUCAGAAGGUCGUGCUUCUGCAAAACGCGAGCUUAUGCGGUUAGUAAUCUGACCGUGCUCUUUGAAGGCCGUGGAAUUUGGGACCGAGGGUUUGUGAAUCUUAGUUAAGGCCUUAUUUUGUUGGGACUCGAGACUAUACUUAGGUUGGAAGGUCCCUUAGAAUUGAUCGGCUGAGGAACUUGAUAAGUGAAGAACUGUUUUAAUUCCUUAGGUGAUAGGUCUUUUGAUUUUUCUCUUUGUAAUCCUUGAUGGGAAAUCUAGACUACACCAUUUUUUAUGGCGGAAGCUACUAGAAGAGUUAAUAUUGUACCAUAUCUUGAGGGUAUAGAAGACUUUACUCAGUUGCUGUGUUUACUGGCAGUACCUCCUUUUUUAGACCCUUCUUCAUUUUUGGUUUUUAGAAGAGAACAAAAAAAAGCACUUUAAAACGCA